AUGUCAUUACAUUUGUCAUUGCGAUUCAUUUAUAGUUACGAAAGUUCACCGUGUUAUGGCAUUAUCUCUCCUGGCACCUAUGUCUAUGUUAAUCCGAUGGUAAAGAAUGAAUCUGUAAUGUUGGCCGAUAUAUAUACGGCCUCUAGUGCAGUUGGUUUUGCCUCAGAAAAUGAUAGUUGCUUCAGAGAGUCGUAUAGACUUAUUUGUGCUGUUAAUUACCCUCUUUGUGUUACAAUAAACAGUACUACACCACCGGUUGCACUUCCUUAUAAACCAUGUGUGAGUCUAUGUUAUAAAACAAGAGAAGUGUGUAAUGGUUCACAGUUAUAUGAUAUGAUUCCUCAGAUGAGUUGCGAAUAUGUAGGAGUUGCUGGUAGAAUAUAUCCUGAUCCUGGAGAAUAUUUCAAUCUCACUAACGUAAAUGGAAGUGAUUCUGUAUAUACAGAAUGUACUACAAAUUAUAAUCCAGGUACACCUCAUUGUCCAGCUCCUUUGGUUUAUAUAACUGAUGAAAUGACAGAUAUAAAUGGAUAUUAUAUUAUUGAGGGAAGAUGUGCUUUACCUUGUCCGUUUAGUUUGUGGUCAGAUAAAAAAAUGAGGUUACUCUAUUAUGUUCAAACCGCUAUAAACUCAUUAAGUUUUCUAUCUGGUCUAUUCUUAAUAGUAUUCUAUGGCAUAUUACCUAAUGAAAUAACUCAUAGAAUGGAAAUCAUUUUGUCUUUUGGAAUAUCAAAUACCUUAGUUUGUAUUUCUUAUUUUAUGGAUAAUCCUCAAAGAGAUUUAUAUUGUGGUGAAAAUCAUAGAGUUCUAGUAUGGUCAUUAGCAUUAAUAUUAACGAUAGUUCCUUUAACGGGGUCAACUUAUAAUUCUUCACCAACCACUAUUGGAUGUUGGAUAAAUUCAAACAACAAUGGUUUAUGGCAAUACUUUAAUUUUUAUGUACCAUCAUGGAUUUGUUUAUUAUUUGUUUUAUUCACUACAAUUUAUUCUUGUUAUAAAAUAUAUUCUUUAUAUAAUGUUUUAAGAGAUAAAGUAGUUUUAAUUUAUAAUACAAAACAAAUUUUAAUUAUGAUAAUUAUUUUAUUUAAUUUUGUUUAUGUUUCAGUUUAUAAAUUCUAUGCGAUGGCUAAAGAUGAAGAGUAUUCAAAACUUUUAACAGCUUGGUUUGUUUGUUUGAUUAGAUAUGGAGAGUCGAAAUGUGAAAGAGAUCUUCCAGAUUUCAGUCUUAGAUUGGUGUUGGCAAUCGUUACAGCCAACAAUGGAGUAGUUGGAUUCUUGGCAUAUGGCUUGGAUUCUAAUAACAUUAAAGUAUUUAAACAAUCGAAAUUAGUUUUAUACUUUAUGAGUAAGAUUGGUGUAAGUUGGUCAUUCAACCUUACCUACUCAAACACACCUUCCAGUUCAAUCACACCGACAACCAACACAACUUCAAGAAAAUCAACCAGUUCCAGCAUUAAAAUGAAACCGGUCGAAAAAACAACUGAACAACAACAGCAACAGCAAACACAACCAGAAACAACAACAAAUAUUCAAAACAUUGAUAUUGAGAGCUGCUCCAAAGAAGAGAGCACAAACGACUUAAAAAAUAUCAAUAUUGUUACAUUUGAAACAACAACAAAGAAUAAUAAUAAUAAUAACGACUACAAAGACAAAGACGAAUCGACUUUUACAACAAAAUCAAAAUCAAAACCAGAUGAUGAAGAAAAUAAUUUAAAUAGUUAA